AUGAAAAACGUAACAAGUAUCAAGGUGUUUGGAAAAUGCGGCGUUUCUCGGGUGAAUGGAAACAUUUCGUUUGAACAGAAAUACAAGUUCUAUUUAGCCUUCGAAAACUGUCUUUGUGAGGACUAUAUAACAGAAAAGGUGUACGACUGGUAUACGAAGGACAUCAUUCUCGUUGUGCGAGGAGGUGCGAAUUAUUCUGAACACCUACCGGAAGGAACGUACGUCAACGCUGCCGACUUCCGGACGCCCGAGAAUCUGGCUGAUUUCUCGAAUACGCUUGGUUCGGACGAGGAGAGGUAUAUUGAAUAUCUGCGACGGAAGGAUAACUACAAGGUUAUCACGGAGCAAGAAAACGUACAGACGGCUUUCUGUGCGCUUUGUUGGCGUCUGAACAACAAUGAACGGUUUCGGAAAUCUCAUACGAACAUCUCAUCGUGGUGGUUUGGUAGCUGCCGGUCAGGAAAUGUGUAA